AUGCAGGUAUUCGUGAAAACGCUAACCGGAAAGACCAUUACUCUUGAUGUCGAGAGCGAUGAUUCAAUCGAAAACAUCAGGGAGAAAAUUCAAGACAAGGAAAGGAUUCCCCCGGAUCAACAAAGACUCAUCUUUGCAGGAAAGCAGCUCGAAGAUGGGAAGACACUAGCGGAUUACAAUAUCCAAAAGGAGUCGACUCUGCACCUCGUCCUUCGCCUCCGUGGAGGAGGAGCUAUGCAGAUCUUCGUGAAAACCCUAACCGGGAAGACGAUCACUCUCGACGUCGAGAGCUCCGAUUCAAUCGACAGCGUCAAGGAGAAAAUUCAGGAUAAGGAAGGAGUUCCGCCGGAUCAGCAGCGGUUGAUCUUCGCCGGGAAGCAGCUCGAGGACGACAAAACCCUAGCUGAUUACAACAUUCAGAAGGAAUCCACUCUGCACCUGGUGCUGAGGCUUCGCGGAGGUAUGCAGAUCUUCGUCAAAACACUGACGGGAAAGACGAUCACUCUAGAGGUGGAGAGCGAUGAUACGAUUGAUAAUGUGAAGGAGAAAAUUCAGGAUAAGGAGGGGAUUCCGCCGGAUCAGCAGAGGCUGAUCUUCGCCGGCAAGCAGCUUGAAGACGGGAAGACACUGGCGGAUUACAAUAUACAGAAGGAGUCGACUCUGCACCUCGUUCUUCGCCUCCGUGGUGGUGAUGGUGUUUGGAUUGAUUGAUGAUUGGUUCAAACUUGAGUGUGCGUAUAGAUAUAUGACUUUGAUCACCGUCUUACUAUAUAUAAUACUGACUUUAGUAAUUUAGUUUCUUACUAUGCCAGUUUUAAUCAAUUAUCGAUAUUAGCUGGCUUAAUCUUGUGGCAUGAGUAUAUGAGAUUGGGUUCAUUGAGCUUAAUCAAAGAGUUAUUUUCUUUA